CCUGAAUGUGCGAAGCUACAGUACCAUUGCUUUUCGUACCUCCAUAGUGUAUUCUGUGCUCUGUGACUCGCAUCCUGGUAAAGCAUCACACAGUCUCACUAAGCCCCCAUAAAGGUUGAUGUGCAAGGGGAUCUUUCGCCUGCUGUUGAUAACCAUCACAGCAUCCGACUCCCACGAUGUCGCCCUUCAAUCUUGAGACCUGCGCGCGGCCCAACAUCCUCGCCCUGGAGCCCUAUCGCUGCGCCCGGGACGACUACAAAGAUGACGGCACCAACACCCUCCUGGACGCCAACGAAAACGCCUUCGGCCCACCCCUUCCCACCACUACCACCACGAACAACAGCAACUCCUCCCUGCCCACCCCGCCCAAUGCCGCCACCCCCCUCCGGCUGUCCACCCUGCAUCGCUACCCAGACCCGCACCAGAUCCCGCUGAAGCAGCGGCUGUGCGACCUGCGCACGACGCACACGCACACGGCGCGGACGCUGACGCCGGACCACGUCUUCGUGGGCGUCGGGUCCGACGAGGCCAUCGACGCGCUGCUGCGCUGCUUCUGCGCGCCCGGCCGCGACCGCAUCCUCGUGUGCCCGCCCACCUACGGCAUGUACGCCGUCUCGGCGCAGGUCAACGACGUCGGCCUCGUCCGCGUCCCGCUGCUGCCCGCUGAGCAGGGCUUCCAGCUCGAUCGGGCGGCCGUGCUGGACGCCCUGACUCGGGAUGCCGAAGCCGCGGCCGCGGCGGCUGCGGAGGGCCGCGGCGCGGAUGCGGUAGGCAGGAUCAAGCUCGUGUACCUGUGCUCGCCGGGCAACCCGACGGGCGGGCUGCUGCGCAAGGAGGACGUGCGGGCGGUGCUGGAGCACCCGACGUGGAACGGGGUGGUGGUGGUGGACGAGGCGUACGUGGACUUUGCGGAGCCCGGGGCCAGCCUGGCCGAGUGGGUGACCGAGUGGCCGAACCUGGCGGUGAUGCAGACGCUGAGCAAGGCGUUCGGGCUGGCGGGGAUCCGGCUGGGCGCCGUGUUCGCCGCGCCGCCGAUCGCGCGCCUGCUCAACAACAUGAAGGCGCCGUACAACAUCUCGAGCCUGACGGCGGCUGUGGCCGAGUACGCGCUGUCGGCGGAGGGGCUGGCGGCCGUGCGGCGGACCCGCGCGGACCUGAUCGCGCAGCGCGACCGGAUGGUGCGCGAGAUGCCCAAGAUCGCCGGCGUCGGCCGCCUGCGCGGCGGGACUGACAGCAACUUCCUGCUGUACGAGAUGCUGGACCGGGACGGGAAGCCGGACAACGCCACCGCGCUGGCCGUGUACGAGCGGCUGGCCGAGAACGAGGGCGUCGUGGUCCGCUUCCGCGGCAAGGAGCACGGCUGUCUGGGCUGCCUGCGCAUCACCGUCGGCACCGAGGCCGAGGUGACGCGCUUCUUGGCUGCGCUGGAGCGCACGCUGGCCGAGGUGCGCGGGACGGCGCCGGGGACGGACGAGGAGAAAAAGGAGGCCGAGGCAAGCGCCGUGGUUGCUUAAGGAAUAGAUAAAGACAGGUUAGGGGAUAGAAAAAGGUAGUUUACUAUCGUGUUCAAAGUGUGGGGAGACCGAACGGCCACCGUCCAGAAAUGGCUGUCCACGUCUGUCUAUUUUGCCAGCCCGCCCAA